GAUGUGCCCCACAGCGCCCGCCUGUGCUCCGUCCCGCCUGGAUGGGGUCCCGCUGCCCAGCGCCAUGAGGACGAGCCGCUSCAGCCACCUGCCCGGGGUCCCUCCGGAGCGCCCGCCGGCCCCCGACGCCAAGAGCCCGCCCGGGGGCAGCGGGGGCCCGGCCGCCGGCUGUCCCCAGUAUGUCAUGCAGGUGUCCUCCAAGGACGGGCAGCUGCUCUCGUCCGUCGUGCGGAGCCUGGCGGCGCAGAGUAGCCCCUUCAAUGACCGUCCCAUCUGUCGGAUCUGCCAUGAGGGCAGCAGCCACGAGGAGCUGCUGUCGCCCUGCGAAUGCACGGGGACCCUGGGCACCAUUCACCGCAGCUGCCUGGAGCACUGGCUGUCGUCCUCCAACACCAGCUACUGUGAGCUCUGCCACUUYAGGUUCGCAGUGGAGCGCAAGCCCAGGCCACUGGUGGAGUGGCUGAGGAAUCCAGGCCCCCAGCACGAGAAGAGGACCCUUUUUGGGGAUGUGGUGUGCUUCCUGUUCAUCACCCCRCUGGCCACUGUCUCGGGCUGGCUGUGCCUGCGCGGCGCCGUGGACCACCUGCACUUCAGCAGUCGGCUGGAAGCUGUCGGCCUCAUUGCACUCACCGUGGCACUCUUCACUAUUUACCUCUUCUGGACACUGGUGUCCUUCAGGUACCACUGCCGGCUCUACAGCGAGUGGCGCCGCAACAACCAGCGCGUGAUGCUGCUCGUCCCAAAGUCCUCCACCACCGUCCCCUCUGCSCAGCAGUCCCUGCUGGGCCUGCAGCCCCUCAAGAGGAGCUCCAAGGAGACAAUCGUGUGAGCUGGGGUCGGAUCGCCGUGGGACACGGGCACUGAGGAUGCUUUYUUUGUCGGACUCGUCAGGGCUGGGCAGCGUCCGGAGCCCAGUAGUGUGAUAUUUCGAUUUACAGAGGGAUAAAUCACUGGAAUCAAAGUCGGCUUGGAUGCUGCUCACUCGUGUGACAUUUGCUGGGCUGCCAAACUUGUUUAGUUAGCAGGGACCCUAUGGAUUCUACAGACGUGUUAAUUGUUGCAUCAUGUAGUGAUGCAGAUUUUUUUUUAUUGUUUAAAGUAUUAAACUGUGGUAAUUAACAAUGCAAAACAGGUUAAAAAAGYGCUUUGUUUUUAUGAUUUCUUGUUCCUACAGUACUAUUCCUUUAGGCAGCUGGACAGUAACCAAUAUUUCUUUCUGCGUCCUAGAGCACAGCAAUGGCAUUUCAUUUGAUUUUAUCUGCAGGUCCAUUACACCAAUGUUUUGAUCAUUAAAAUCCAUGUGUAAUAAGUUCUACAAAUUGGCACAUUAUUUAAAUGCUACAAACUGAUUAGAAAAUUAUCUUACCCAUUUCCCA